AUGUCGCAAGAAUAUUCAGCGAUCGUGCUAGAUAAUGGCUCUUGCUCCAUCAAAGCAGGUUUUUCAGGAUGUGAGAAUCCACAAGUAGUUUUUCCAUCACUCAUUGCUUCUCCUUUAAAAUCCAAAGAAUCUGAAAAUAUCAAAGAAAUAUACCUUGUGGGAGAUGAAGCUAAAAUUGACAGUAGAAAGAAUGUUAUGGUCAGAUAUCCAAUAGAACAUGGAGUAGUGACGAAUUGGGAGGGGAUGGAACAGAUUUGGCGUCAUGUUUUUAGUCAAUUACAGGUGGAUUGUGAAAAUCAUCCUGUUUUAUUGACUCAACCUCCUUGUAAUCCAAAACAAAAUAGAGAAAAGAUGACUGAAAUAAUGUUCGAAACAUUUAGAAUACCAUCCAUGUAUGUUUCUAUUCCUGCUGUAUUGUCCUUGUUUGCAACUGGGAGGACAACUGGAAUAGUUUUAGAUUCUGGAGAUGGUGCGACGAAUAUUGUUCCAAUUUUUGAAUCACAUGCUUUAGAAUAUGCUGUUAGGAGAUUGGAUUGGGCAGGUCGUGAUUUGGAUUAUUAUAUGUCUAGAAUUCUAAGUGAAAGAGGGUUCUCAUUCUUUACACGAGAGGAAAUGGACAUUGUGAGGGAAAUUAAGGAAAAACUGUGUUAUGUUGCAUUGGAUUUUGAUAAAGAAAUGGAAAAUACAUCAAAUAGCUUGGAUGUUGAUUAUGAAUUACCAGAUGGUAACAUUCUCACGAUAGGAAAUGAAAGGUUUCGAUGCCCAGAAGUGUUUUUCAAACCACACUUAAUAGGAAUUGAAGAACAAGGCAUUCAUGAGGUGAUAAUUAAUUCAAUUGGAAAGUGUGAUGUGGAUAUAGGACAUUUGAACUUGUAUGGGAAUGUAGUUCUUUCAGGAGGAUCCACAAUGUUUACAGGAAUUGGAAAGAGGCUACAAAAGGAAUUAUCUGAACUAGCUCCUUACUCUAUGAAAAUUUCGGUUGUUGAUUCCCUAGGGUUUGAUAGGAAAUUUUUGUCAUGGAUUGGAGGUAGUAUCCUAUCAUCAAUGACUGCAUUUCAAUCUGAUUGGAUAGUAUCAAGAGAAUAUAAAGAAGUUGGAAGUAGCAUCGUUCACAGAAAGUGUUUCUAA